AUGGUGUUGAUUGUGCCAGCUGGCUCUGUGCCAAAACAGCGGAGGACAGUUAGAGAAUUCAUCGAUAAAUACUUCUUACAUGGUACGUUUUAUCACUCGCUAAGAUCAUUAAACUUUUUGAUGACCUAACUUACAGCGGAAGUACUCCAAGAACGACGCUCAGAUUUUUUAAAAUUCUGCACGCACUUCGGCGACAUCAAUUUCUAAAAAAAUUUAGCUCGCGCUUCUCUUUGUGGCCGAGGAAGCACGCGAAAACACUUUUAGGUCGCAUUUUUUUUGCUAAUUUUGCGCUUUCUGUGGAAUUAUUACACUCUACAGUAGCUACACCUAUUUCACUGCAGUAGAAAAAGGUAUGAAACUUUUCAUGACAAAAUUUGCGAAAAAAAACUUUAAUUUUUUUCCCAACUUUUGAUAAAAAAUCUCGGUUGUUUCUGCAAAGCGCGAGCCAGGUCGUAAUUUUAAAUUACCGAAUUCAUAAAAAUAUGAGCGUCGUACUUGGGUAGCUUGCCUGUUAAUUAUGUAUAGAUCAACUUUGAUCUUCUUUCAGGACAACAUUUGGAUGAAGAUCUACAGUCCCGUCUCCAAUCCUCCCCAGAUCUCCCAUUCCAUGAAAAAUACCGCAAAUACAUAGCCUUUAUCUCCCCCAUAUUAUUCUGGCAAUUGACCUGGUGGCCAGUUGCUCUAACCCAUGGUCUUCUUGGCUUGUAUUCAACUAGAUGGGAGAUGGCCGUGACCAUGAUAUUUGGGGCCUUGGUGGCUGGGGCCACUUCUGAAGGUGGAGGGGCCAUCGCGUUCCCCGUGAUGACAUUGCUAUUACAUAUACAGCCAACUGUCGCAAGGGAUUUCUCGUUGAUGAUUCAGAGCGCAGGUAUGUAGGUAAAAUAUAAUUCUUUUGGACGCUCAUCGAUAGCAUAAUUGAUCCAUAUAAUAAUUAUAAAUUUUAGGGAUGGCGGCCUCGUCCUUUACGGUGAUCUACAUGAGGAUAAAGGUUGAAUGGCAUUCGAUUAUUUUCUCGAGUUUAGGAGCUGCCUUCAGUAUAAUAAUAAGCCUCCAAUUUAUGGACGAUCUGCUGACCCCGUUGCAGAAGAAGAUGAUGUUUGUAUCCAUCUGGUUCUCCUUUGCAAUCGCUUUAUUUAUUCUGAAUCGUCAACGAAAACGGCGAACGUAUGACGUCAUUCCUCAUUUCAAUUUCUGGAAAGGCGCCGUUCUCUUUGUGACUGGAUUAUUUGGAGGUGUGUUUGAUAAAAAUUAAAUUCAUAUUUUGUUAUUCGCAUCUAUAAUCACACUACUUUAGGCGUCCUCAGUGCAUAUACUGGAUCAGGAGUGGACAUCUGUUCUUUUUCGGUUCUCACUUUAUUCUUCCACAUCUCCGAGAAGGUGGCUACUCCAACCUCGGUUGUCUUGAUGUUCCUAAACACUUGCGUCGGCUUUUAUUGGCGUCAGUUAAUUCAAAAUAAUGUCAGCGACCUUGCCUGGGAGUAUUUCGCUGUCUGCAUUCCGGUCGUGGUGAUCUUCUCUCCAGUCGGCGCCUUCUUGUCAUCCCAUCUUCAUCGUCAAGUUCUAGCAGCAACUGUUUAUAUUUUGGAAACUGUGGCUUUAUUUGGAUUUCUAAUCACCCAACCUCCAAUUGGGAUAAUAAUAGCCGGGGGAAUCAUCAUUCUAAUCGCCUCAGGGUUCUUUUUUGUUCUUGGUUGGGCAGGACAGCGAUUGGGGGAUCAAAUUGAGAGUGCAAUCAACCAGUCGCCCCAUUCCAAGUCUCCAGUUGUGCCUUAA